UUGCUUGUCAAGAGCAACUUUACAUGUCGAACAAAUCAUUGCAUCUUUAAUGUUGUUGAUAUUCUGGAAAUUAUAAAAUUCACAUUUGUUAAUUUCUUCAUAGUGAUCAAGUAUGUGCAUACUUCGAUAUUAUUUCAAAAUAAUAUUUCUUACCGUUAUUUUCUUCAAUAGAUCUUUAUAAUUCUCAGAUGCAUAUUUUAAGUUAUUUUUAAACCAUAAUCUAUCACAGACUGUACAUGAAAAACCAAAUGGAUUUUACCGAAAUUUUCGAUCGAAAUGUUCAUGAGCCUUUUUAUGUUUUGCAAUGUCGUCGCGUUCACUUGGGAGUGGCCAGAAACGAUUCUUUUACAUAUGACUCAAGCAGCUUACGACUUCCGGUCUUUGACCAAGUAUCCUCUGGGUAGCCUAAGAACAUCAGUUUGAAGGCGAGCUAAAGUGAGAAGGCGAAAAAUCCCCCUGCAUAGGGUUGUGCGCUGGGUUUGGUACCCGCCACGUAAAAAACACCCCCAAUGAAAAACACCAACAGCCUCGGAUGACGACCAUGGCAAACGAAAUAAGGACUAUGAUUUGAGGGCAUGCACCUGGAAUGUCCGGUCCCUUAAUUGGGAAGGUGCCGCUGCCCAGCUGGUAGAUGUCCUCGUGAAAACAAAGGCUGACAUCACCGCCGUCCAAGAAAUGCAAUGGGCGGGACAAGGACAGAGACGAGUAGGUCCUUGUGACAUUUACUACAGUGGCCAUAUAAAGGAGCGCAUGUUUGGUGUGGGAUUCGUGGUGGGAGAGAGACUCCGUCGCCGACUACUAUCAUUCACUGCGGUGAAUGAACUUCUAGCCACAAUCCGCAUCAAAGCGAGGUUCUUCAACAUAUCGCUGAUUUGCGCCCAUGCCCCGACGGAAGAGAAGGACGAUGUGACCAAAGAUGCCUUUUAUGAGUGCUUGGAGCGCACUUAUGAGAGAUGCCCCCGCCACGAUGUCAAAAUCGUGCUUGGCGACUUUAACGCCAGGGUGGGCAAAGAAGGUAUCUUUGGCACUACGGUCGGUAAAUUCAGCCUCCACGAGGAAACAUCCCCAAAUGGGUUGAGGCUGAUCGACUUCGCUGGGGCCCGAAAUAUGGUUAUCUGUAGUACUAGAUUCCAGCAUAAGAAGAUUCUUCAAGCUACCUGGCUGUCUCCGGAUCGAAAAACUACCAACCAGAUCGAUCAUGUUGUGAUAGACGGAAGACACGUCUCCAGUGUUUUAGAUGUGCGUGCCCGCACCCGCCUCUGUGCAGUAAAAAACGCACGUCAACAAACACAAGGAAGGUUCGACGUCGAGAAGCUGCAAUCACAACAGACAGCCGAACGAUUUUCUACUCGGCUUGCACUCCUGCUCUCUGAGAGCACUCGUCAACAACUCGGUAUAAGGGAACUGUGGAACGGCAUUUCAAAUUCCUUACGUACAGCUGCAACCGAAACCAUAGGUUUUCGGAAAGUGCAAAAGAACAGCGGGUACGAUGAGGAGUGCCGUGUCGCAGCGGAGAGAAAACAGGCUGCCUACCUCGCAACGUUACGAUCGACCACAACACGUGCGGGAUGGGAUAGAUACCGAGAGUUGAGGAGGGAAGCGAGGAGGGAGUACGAAGAGCUUGAUAAGCUGGCCGACAGGGGUAAUGCUCGAAAAUUCUGCGAAAAAAUGCGGUGGGUUACAGAAGGUUUCAAGACUGGAGAAUACACUCAGUCCUUUUUUUACGCGAUUAUUGGUUCUGCCACUAAUCGCGUAAAAAAAAAAUCGCGUAAAAAUUGUUAGUUUUCCAAUAUUAACUGACGAAUUGGUUCCGAAUAUAAAAAAUAUCGCGUAUAACAAAAUAUACGCGCAAAAAAAUAUUCAAAAACAAUACAAUAAGUUUCAAAUUUCAUACUUAUAAUUUAUUCAUUCAUAACAAAAUAAAAAACACAAAACAAAAACCAUAUAUAAAAGAGAAGAAAAUAGAAAAUAGGUACAUUUAUUGAAAAACACCGUUGAAUGCUGUUUAAUCACUGUCAUUAUCCGUAGUGGAAAUUAUUCUUUGCCGCUUACUUUGAUGGCCGGCACUGAUAUCACUAGAAUUUGUAUCAGAAUCAAUAGUAAGAACUAUGGAUUGAUGUUCUGAUUGACUUAGCAUCUCUGACUGAGUUUGCACCAUAAAUUCAGUUUAUUUUGUUUGAAUGCUUCUUUUUGGACCCAAUAAGUUCCGAUGUAGUUCUUUAUAUCUUAACAUACAGAGACUCAAUUCUUUUUGAAAAAUUCGUCUACCUCGGUGUCAAUAUCCAAUAUCCACACACUAUUAGGGUGCGCCGACAUAUUCAAAAAUUAUUACGCGUAAAAAUAUGUAAACAAGCAAAAAACGAAAAAAAGCAAUCGCGUUAAAAUGAGAAAUUCGCGUAAAAAAAGGAAUUUGCGCUGCAAAAAUAAUCGCGUUAAAGUGAAAUAGCGUAAAAAGAGAUCGCGUAAAAAAGGACUGAGUGUACUCCUGUAGAACCCCCAAAGGUGAUCUAGCUAUCGAUGCCCAGAGCAUACUUACAUUAUGGAGGGAACACUUCUCCAGCCUGCUAAAUGGCAGUGAACGCUUAACACCAGGAUAGGGCGAACCCGAUUCCCCAAUCGAUGACGAUGGAGCAGACGUUCCAUUACCCGACCAUGAAGAAGUUCGAAUAGCAAUUGCCCGCCUGAAGAACUACAAAGCGGCAAGGGUCGACGGAUUGCCGGCCGAGCUAUUAAAACACGGCAGCGAAGAGCUGAAAAGGAGCAUGCAUCAGCUUCUUUGUAAAAUUUGGUCGGACGAAUGCAUGCCCAACGAUUGGAAUCUAAGUGUGCUAUGCCCAAUCCAUAAAAAGGGAGACCCCACAAUCUGCGCCAACUACCGUGGGAUAAGCCUCCUCAACAUCGCGAAUAAGGUUCUAUCGAGCGUAUUAUUGAUUUAUUUAUUUAUCUUUAAUAUGACUUGUAAAUAAAUUUACAGGCAUACUAGGAAAAAAAAAGAAACUGGCUGCUUAGGCCUUCGUCCCAUUUUGUAUAGAUACAUAUAAAUUUACUUAUAUGAACAUUUCAAUUCUAAAUUAAUUUUAAUAGUAUAAGAGGUAGAUGUUUUCUUAUAUUUUCAUAGUCUAGUGUUGCUAUAGCGGUAUGCAAAUCAAUAUUUUGCGAUGUGUCAUUGUAACAGUUUAUUAGGUGCAUGGUCAGGGUAUCAUUACAGUUCAUGCAAAGUGGUGGUGAUUCUUUUGAAAGCAAAUAUCCAUGCGUUAGUUUUGUAUGGCCGAGUUUAAGUCUCAUCAAAACAAGUUGCUGGUGUUUUGUCUUAAAAUUCGAUUUGCUGCCAUGUUGUUGAGAUAACUGAUGCAUGGUUUUAUAAUGAGCAUUAAUUUUGUUUUCAUAAUUAGAGACACGUUGAUUUUUAAUGAAGUUUGCGAGGCACCUUUUAAUAUCUUUUUCAGUGUAGUUGUUUAUUAAAAAAGUAGGAUGAGUAUGUGCGUCUUUUGCUGAUUGAUAGGCAUUUUCAUUACCCGUUAUAAUUAAAUGCGCUGGCGUAUAUAAAACUUUUAUAUUUUUGCCUCGUAUGAGAGUCUCUUUAACCCUACGUGUGAGAAUAUCGCUAAUUUUUGCCGAUUUUAAAGCGUUUAUUGAUGAGAGACUAUCGGUACAUAUUAUUAGUUUACAGCCUUCUUCAAUUGCUGUAUUUUCCAAGGUGAAUAUAGCAGUGUAGCUAGGCAAAAGUCCAUUUUUGAUUAGUUCCUUAGAUUCUGUUGUAAUAGCAAAAGUGUUUUCAACUUUUUUUGAACCAUCACAAUACCAAAUUAGCCAGUUCUUUUGCUUCCAUUUUCGCACUUCCUCAGCUUGUAUUUAGUUGCCUUAAAGUAAGUGGGUUCGUGCUAUUUUUGGUAAAGCCACUGGAGAUGAAAAGAUAUUCUGCAGAUUUCCAGGGAGGACUGAAUACCUUGUAAGUUUUUAGUAGGGGCAUGCGAAUAUUCGAAAUUUCGAAUUAUUCGACGCGAAUCGAACCGAAUUAUUCGAUCCGAGAUUCGACCCGUAUAUUCGCAUUAUUUGAAUAAUUUUAAUAUUUGACUAUUUGCAUGAUUUUUUAAUUAGCGCCAGUAGUAUCUGAAUCUCGUUCAUGCAUCUGACGUACAUCUGUCAUUCUCGUUUCAUAUUCAAAAAAUCAAACCUUGGUUAUUUUUUAUUAUGUUGUUGUUAAUAAAUGUCUAAAUCAAUUUGAAUUAAAUAAUAGUUUUAUUUUCUUUAAUUUUGUUCUAUUACUGCAAUAGAAUAAUCUAUUUAAGGUCUAAGGAUUCGAUUCGACUCGAAUCGAACUGGAUUCGCAUACCCCUAGUUUUAGUUUUUCCAAAUCAUUAAUGUAAGUGUUUACAUCAUUAAUCCUCGAAACAAAAUAAAGGUCAUCUGCGUAUAAAUAGUGGGAUAUGUUAUUAACUUUUUCCAUUAAAGCAUUUAUUUUUUCAAAUGCAAUUAGAAAUAACGUCACCGAUAGAGGAGAACCCUGUGGUACUCCAUUUUAUAUUUUUUUUUAAUUUGAUUUAUAACCGUUUACGUUGACCAUAAAUGUUCUAUUUGAUAAAAAAGCUUUUGUAUAGUUAUAGAUUUUUGGACCAACUUUCCACUGAUCAAGUUGAUUGAGUAUAGAGUGAACACCUAUACGAUCAAAGGCUUUUGUAAAAUCAACACUUAUAACAGAGCAGUGAUUUCGAGUUGACAAAUUACUCGCUAGGAAGUGGUCUAAGUAGAUUAUUGCCUCUAACGUGCCUGACCUAGGUUUAAAAGCAGUUUGUUUUUUUACUUAUCAGAUUGUUUUGAAAUAAAAAAAAAUUGUAUACGUUUCGAUAUUAUUUUUUACAACAGUUUGCUUAAACAUGAUAAAAGCGAGAUAGGACGGUAAUUUUUGUAGUCAUCUUUCUUAUUCAUAUUCUUUGGAAUACAAAUGACGUUUGAUUUUUUCCAAGAGAGGGGAAACACACCAGUCAUGACGAUCAAAUUAUAUAAAUUAAUUAAACGAAUUUUUAGUACCAGAGGAGCAUUUUUAAUCAUUGCGUAGGUGAUUCUGUCCGGGCCAGGACAAUUCGCUUUAGUAUUUUUAAGAUUAUUUUCCAGUUCAAACAGUGUAAUUUCUUCUUCAAGACUUCUAUCAGACUUUGAAAUUUUAUUCACCUUGUAUACCGAUUUGAGGACACGAUUUUUUCAGAAAUGUAUUCAUUUGAAAAUUGUUCAUCUGCAGAAGCCGAUGCAAAAUAAGUGGCAAAUAUUUCUGUAAUUUGAAGUACAUCUGUUAUAACUCCAGUAUAAGAUUUAAGUGAGUGAAUGUAACAAGAGGUGGGAUUGUCUUUAAAAGCUCUUACUGUUCGCCAAACCUUUUGUGUUGGAGUGUUUGGGCUGAUAUGAGCCGUAAAUUGUUCAAAAGAGCUAGUUUUUGUCUCUUACUUUUUUGCGAAAAAGAGCAUUACAUUUCUUAUAACUGAGCAAAUUCUGUAAGGUUAAGUUGUUUUUUUAGAGCAUGCCAGUACUUCAUUUUCUCGUUUCUAAGUUCUUGCAGCUCUUUUGUCCACCAACAGAUAUUACGUCUCUUCUUAUAUGGUUUAGAUUGCGGAAUACUUACAUUGGCUGCUCGCCUAAUAGCUUUCGUUAUGUUAGCUGCCUCUUUAUUAAUGUUAUCAGUAUACGGGUAUCGGUCUACUUCUAUUUGUAAUCUCUUAGAAAAAAGAGGCCAGUUUGCAUUUGCCGUUUUGUAUCUAGGGUUAUGGACAGAAUUCGCAUACUUUUCUCUAUAACUGAGUAUUAUUGGACUAUGAUCACUACCGGACAUAUCGUCCACGUGUCCCAAUUUAUCUCGUUCGAUAAAUUGGGGCUACAUGCUGAGAUGUCAAUCGCAGUGAAAGUAUGAUGAGUGGAAUAGUGAGUAUAUUUGCCGUUGUUAAGAAUACACAGAUUAUUUUGUAGUAUAAAACUUUAAAACUUUAUUCCUCUGAAGUUGAUAUUGUGAGAGCCCCAUAGUGGAUGCCACCCAUUUAUAUCACCCAAUAUAAUAAUGUUCGCAAAAUUAGUAUCAAUUGAAUUGUUCAACUCAUUGAAAGAAAUGUUUAUGUUUGGUGGUAGGUAAAUAUUUUGUAUUUUAAUUUCUAUACUAGUUUUCACUUGGAUUGAAGCAAUUUGAAAAUUCGAACUAGUGCCAUUUGCACCGUAGACAUGUUGAAUAUUUUUGCGGAUGAGAAAUGCAAUACCUUGUUUAUUUGACAUGUUCGUAUUGUGAAGAUAAAUAUUAUACCCUUUUGGGCAUUUGGUUGUUUUCAAAGCCGCAUUGACAUGCGUUUCUUGUAAUGCUAUAAUAUGAGGUUGGAAUUCUGCUAUUAAUAUCUCCAAAUUAUUGUAAUUGUUCCAAUAGCCUUUGAUAUUCCACUGAAGAACUUUCAUUAUAAAAUAUGCACGGAGAUAUGAGUACAGUUAUUCAGAAUUAGAAUCUGUUAUUUUAUUUUCCUGAUUAUUGUAAUGAAGUUGAGAAAGAAUCUCAUUGAUGUUUGUAUCCAUAUUAUUCUGUGAGUCAUAAUUGUUUUCGGUAAAAUUGCUGGUGUUGGGAAUGUAAUUAUAUUUAAAUUCGUUUACCUGCAUUAUAGAUUAUUCGGUUUCUUCCUGACAAUUUGAUGAUGUGGGUAUGCUUAUUGAGCCAAUAGGAGUUACACUUAAGUUAUUAUCAGGUGGAUUUUCUUUAUUUUGAUUGUUGAGAUGAGUUGUUGGUAGUGUAAAAUCUGAGUAUUUUAAUUGAUUUAUAUAAGAUUUUUGAUUUGUAGUUGUGUUGUCAGCAUUAAGUUUUGUAUAAUUAUUGGUUUUGUUUUGUAAAUUUUCAUUGUUUUUGGUCGUUGUUGGUUUUGCUUUGGUUAAGUCCAGUGAUUCUAUUGGGUUUUCUUUUGUGAAAUAAUCUGGUGAAAAGUUGUUAUUCACAUAAGUUACUGCUUCUUUAAUGUUCGGUUUAUUGUAGAAUAUUUAAGGAUUUCCUGCUUUUUAAGAUAAGUUGGGCAUUUUUUUUUGUUGAUUUAUGCUGAGAAUUACAGUUAAUACAUUUAAUUUUAGUGCACUUUAUUACCUCUGAAUGCUCUGGUAAGGCACAUGUGACACAAACAGGAGUGUUGGUACACCUGUUUUUUGUAUGACCGAUCACGUAACAUAUUUUGCAUUGCAUGGGUUUAGGAAUAUAAGGUUUGAUUUGAAUAGUUUCGAAACCAACUUUUAGGUCUUUAGGAAGCUGGUAUAAAUCAAAUGAUAGAAUAUGUAAAGGAGUAUUUACAUAUCCGUUAUUUGUUAUUUUUUUAGUUUUAUUAACUUCGAUUUCAUUUUGACCCGUAAGGCCAGUUGAUAUUUCUUUUUCUGAAAGGUUUGUUAAUGCUAGAGAAAAAAUCACACCUUUCACCGUAUUAAGUUUUGUAUGAUAUUCACAAGUAAUUUGGCAUAUAUUUGAGAGAUUUUUUGUUUUUAUUAAAAAGUCUGCGGUUUUUUUUGUUGUUAACUUAAACGAGUAAAUUUCCAUCACGUGUAAAUUUCGUUAGUUUUCUAUUAUUCUCACUAACGAUACCAUUUAGCGCUUUUGUUAAGAGAAAAAUAUUUUAUGUAUUUAGCGGCUUUUCAUUAUUUGUACUUUUAAUGGUUACAAAUUUUUGAGAGUCAAUGUUUUUAUUAAUGUAGAGAUUUUCCGUAAUUGAGGUUAGAGUAGGAAAAAUCUUCGGGUUGUUUAAAUUUAAGUCUUUUUUCAUUGAGCUUUUCUUUUUUUUUGGCUGGGGGAUCCAUAUCAAGAAUCCCAUAAUAUCCUCCUCCAGGAGGCGGCCCUUCGGCCAUAACUGCGAGCGAGAGAUCACUAUAAGAUAUGUACUUGUAAAAUCGACGUUUGAGAAAAGAACAUUUUCUUCACAAAAUUAUAGAUUUUCAAUUUAAUUUUUUUACAGAAUUAUUCUCCAAAAAAAAAUUUAUAAGCUUGAGAAAAAAAUAAUGCUAUCGUUUUCAAUGCUUGCACUCUAUCGAGCGUAUUGUGUGAAAGAUUAAAGCCCACCGUCAACAAACUGAUGGGACCUUAUCAGUGUGGCUUUAGACCUGGCAAAUCAACAACUGACCAGAUAUUCAUCAUGCGCCAAAUCUUGGAAAAGACCCGUGAAAGGAGAAUCGACACACACCAGCUCUUCGUCGAUUUCAAAGCUGCUUUCGACAGCACGAAAAGGAGCUGCCUUUAUGCCGCGAUGUCUGAAUUUGGUAUCCCCACAAAACUAAUACGGCUGUGUAAACUGCCGUUGAGCAACACCAAAAGCUCCGUCAGAAUCGGGAAGGACCUCUCCGAUAUCAAACGAGGUUUCUGACAAGGCGAUUCCCUAUCGUGCGACUUUUUCAACCUGCUUCUGGAGAAAAUAAUUCGAGUUGCAGAUCUAAACAGAGAAGGUACCAUCUUCUAUAAGAGUGUAUAACUGCUGGCGUAUGCCGAUGAUAUUGAUAUUAUCGGCCUCAACACCCGCGCUGUUAGUUCUGCUUUCUUCAGACUGGACAAGGAAGCAAAACAAAUGGGUCUGGCAGUGAACGAGGGCAAGACGAAAUAUCUCCUGUCAUCAAACAAACAUUCGUCGCACUCGCUACGUGGCACUCACGUCACUGUUGACAGUCAUAACUUUGAAGUUGUAGAUAAUUUCGUCUAUCAUGGAACCAGCGUAAACACCAACAACAAUGUCAGCCUAGAAAUCCAACGCAGGAUAACUUGCCAACAGGUGCUACUUCGGACUGAGUAGGCAAUUGAGAAGCAAAGUCCUCUCUCGACAAACAAAACCAAACUCUAUAAGUCACUCAUAAUUCCCGUCCUGCUAUAUGGUGCAGAGCAGAGAGCUGCAACGAUCACAAUUUUUUCAAUCAUACCCGAUCAUUGACUCAGAUUUGUUGUGAUGGAAAACUUUGCUUCAACAGAAAUGAAUGAUCGUAAGCGAGCGUGAUCAAAGCGAACAAUCAGUUUCAAUCACUGUUGCUUGUUUCGUAAUGAUUUUUCUCGAUCGAACGCCUUGUGUGAGCAGCAAAGAAUGUUCGAGAAUGCUGCUUGCAUUCCGAUCGACCACAAUCAUACCGUUUGGUCAUACCGGGUGGUUACUGCCAGCAGCGCAGUCGUUGAGCGUUCUUUUUCUUUAGCUGGAAAUAUUAUAACUGAAAAAAGAAAUAGGCUCGGACCAUGUUCAGUUGAUAAUUUAUUGUUUUUAAAUUCAUUUUUUAAAAGUUUUAGCGAUUAAGAAACCAAGUUUAUUACCUUCUUUUAAUUUUAAAUUUUUGUUGAUCUCAAUGAAGAAGUGAUAAAAAUUUGAAAUUUGUGUUCCCUAAUAUUUUAAGCAUUACCUUUGUUUAUUAAUUUUAAGCAUUAAUUGAAUUUUAGUUAAAACUGAAGAAAUACAUAUAUGCAGUAAUGUUUUGGUUAAUUUUAUGCAUCGCAACUUGUUUCCGUUAAAACACACAAAUAUGUACAUACAAAUUAUGCACAUACAUACAUACAUAUUCGCAGGGCAAUUCUCGAUGUGAUUGGUUCAAUCACAAUCAAUUCAAACGCAUAGUUGAUCGAUGCCUGAGUUUUCGUGCAUCGUUGGACUUGAUCGUCCUUUUCUGUACAAUCAUUUCCAAUCAUCAUACCGGAACCAACCAAUCAGUUUCAAUCAGUAAACAGAGCAAUCAAAUCAACUGAUCGAACUCCUUCGUUUUGAGCAUGAAACUCGAUCGAACAAUUUUGUAGCGAACAGCUGUGCUGCGUUUGACCGUUUUGAGCGUGGCUGAUCAAACCGGAUUGAUCAUACUCAAUACAGGUCUCUGCUGCAGAGGCUUGGACGAUGACAACAACCGAUGAGUCGACGUUACGAGUUUUUGAGAGAAAGGUUCUGCGAAAGAUUAUUGGUCCUUUGCGUUUGCCACGGCGAAUAUCGCAUUCGAUGGAACGAUGAGCUGUACGAGAUAUACGACGACAUUGACACAGUUCAGCGAAUUAAAAGACAGCGGCUACGCUGGCUAGGUCAUGUUGUCCGGAUGGACGAAAACACUCCAGCUCUGAAAGUAUUAGACGCAAUACCCACCGGGGGAAGCAGAGGAAGAGGAAGACCUCCACUCCGUUGGAAGGACCAAGUGGAGAAGGACCUGGCUUCGCUUGGAAUAUCCAAUUGGCGCCACGUUGCGAAAAGAAGAAACGACUGGUGCGCGGUUGUUAGCUCGGCUAUAAUCGCGUAAGCGGUGUCUACGCCAAUUAAGAAGAAGAAGACUUAUCCAAAAAAUCUGUAAUUUUGGUUUGUUUACAUUUUCAUCUGUCAAAAUGAGAUUUCUCGCUUUGCCAACUACAUUUUUUUUUUGACAAACCUUGCUAUUGUGAAUGAAAAAAGCGAUUAACUGGCAAUUCCUUUAGAUCAAUAUACAAGCUACGAUAGCUUAUGACAAUCCAACAUAAUUAUGUUGGCUAAGUCUUCCAUACAAAAUAAGCUAAUAGCUUAAUUUGCUGGUCAAAUAAAAUACGCCUAUUAAAUGCAUUAAAAUAUAAUAAAGUGCAAUUAAAAGCAAUACUUGAUUGUAACUCGAAAAAAGUGUGCGAAAAAAUUAAGAAUGAAAUUGAAAUUGAAAAAAUGAACAGCAAACCGUGCGUUGUUUAUUUUUUUGCCAUCUAAUUUGUCAAAUUUGUUUUUGUUAAUAUACUUGCACAUAAUUUAAUUAGCAAUAUAAAAACCGUUAGCUCCGAAGCUGUAAACACAAAGGAGGCGGCAGACUUCGAGCGACAUCUGUCUGUCAAACAAUAGCAAAAAUCAGCCAUUUUUAAGCAGUAUUGCCUACACAAAUUUGGUAAAAUCAGUUAAAUGCACGAAAUUUUUGUGCAUUAUUAAUUCGCUUUAACAUGGAUCAAAUGUGCAAGUUAAUACAAAUUAAGCCCGCUACUGCAAAUUAACGCGGUCAUCUAUCAGGGCUAUAAUGAAAAUAAUAAAAUUUGCAAAAUUUUCAAAUUUGAAUGCAAAUAUCUUGAAAACUAAAAGUUAUAAUUAUAUAUACUCUUAGUCUGGAGCAUCAGCUCUAUCCCACCAUACCACUUUUAACCCUGAAAUCGUGGGAUGGUACACUAAAGACGGCCCUUUUUUUAGGCGGAGCUGAAGGCCGCCAACCCAAAAAAAACUUGACUCAUCCCAUUGAUAUUAAUAAAAAAUAUUGUGCGAUGGACUACUGCAAACACUUUUUUUUGGGUAUAAUUUAUUUUCUUUAUUUCUUUUAGUUCAUUUACAAAAGAUGUCGGUAAGGUAACACUGAUUAUUUGGCAGACUGCAACCCUUUAGUUGUUGUUAAAUAAAUAGAUUUGAACAAAAAGAUAGAUUAAUAAUUAAUUAAUUUUAAAUUAAUGAAUUAAUUUUAAAUAGAAAAAAUACGGCGUAAUUUUCAAAUUUAAACGCAAAUAUCUCGAAAACUAUGUUUCCUGUGCUUAUAAUUAUAUAUAUUCUUGAUCUGGAGAACUUUUUCUGUCCGACCAUACCUAUUUUAUUCCCGAAAUCCUUGGACGGUGUACUAAAGUUUUUCCUUUGCUACUGCGAUUGCUUGUACCAAAUUACAGUUUUAUAUCUUAAUUUAGGGCGCGAUUCCGAUUACUUUGGCGAUCGGAUAAAAAAAACAAAUUUCCUUAUAAAUGGGGUAUUUGGGCAUAGGGGAGCUUCUCCAGAGAAAAUUAUGCAAAAAUAAUAUUGCUAAAUUUAUAUUUUUUAAUAUAUUCCUGAUUAAAAAUUCAAAAAUUAGUACAUAUUAAUAACACAUGGUAUUUCUCAAUGUUUUUUUCUUUUGAUUUUUGUAUAUUAACUAUAAUAAAAACUUAUUUCCAACAUUUUUCAAGCUAUAAUUGAGUUGUGAACACUUUUCCAUAUAUGUAUGUUAGGGUGUUUUUUUCGUUUGAACUAUUAAUUUUUUCAGUCCCGUCACGAAAUUUCCUUGAAAGUACUCUAAAUAAAAUUUCCUGAAAAUUUUAGCCUUUAAUAUUAACAUUAAGAACUGGACAAAGUCCUGUAAAAAUUUUCCAUAGAAAAUACACUACAAUCGUGAGUUUUUAUCUUUAAAUUCCUUCAGAUCAGAGGUAUUUUAUGGCAUCGCUUUGACUUUAGACGCAUAUUUCUCAGAAUUAUUCACUCUACAAAAGUGCCCAGUGCAACAGUGGUGCUCUGCGUAUAAAUUGCAGAGGCUGUAUAAGGUGAUACGGUUUUUUGCGCUUAAGCCUUUCUUUCCAUUCACUUCGAGUGACAAGAGCCCUGGCUUCAGUGUUCACAUGGUCAGAAAGUCUUUCCAUAUGAGACUUUGCACAUUUUUUAAUUGAUGCAGCAACUGAUUCAAUUCCGAGAUCGUGUUCAAGAUCGCCAUUUAGCUGUCCAUUCAAAUAUUUUGUUUAAAUGUUCCUGCAAUCUUGCAAUUGAUGCAGUUUGUGUUUUGCCGACAGACAGAACCGCAGUAUCAUCUGCAAACGUUGCUGUAAUACAAUUGUCGUCAUGUGGUAGAUCGCCCGUAAAGAGUAGGUAAAGGAAGGAUCCUAACACACUACCCUGAGGAACACCAGCCUAUAUUUCCUUUAAAUUUUCAAUGACUCGAGUUAUUCUAUGUAUUUGGUCAAUAGUGGAGUGAUUUUUUCGAAAGCCAAACUGAUGCGCCGGUAUCAGCUAUCAAUUAUGUUAAUACCCACAGCAAGCAGUCUUUCCAAAAGUUUUGAGAGUAUUGGCAGGAGAGAUAUGGGCCGAUACGAAGUAUUUUCAUGCGCUUCCACCAGGUUUAUUGAACAUAAUAACCUCUGCAGUUUUCCAAUAAAUAGAUACGUAUGUAUUGAAGAUUUAUAGUAGCAUUCAUUAUAGCAGUAAUUUUACAUAUAACGUUGUGAUGAAGCUGUUUUAGUAUUUCACUGGUAAUAAGGUCAAACCCAGGUAAUUUUUUUAUUUCUGCACAUACCUCAUCGUAAGUUAUCAGAGGUAUUUCGGUAUAAUUUUCGUAAGUAUGAGGUUCCAUUUCUGCUGCAUUGGAUGUGUCAUAUGGUUUGAAGACACCUUCAAGGUAUGCCAAAAAAAACAUUUCUUUCUCUAUAUCGCUCCUGGCCAUGUCUGGGCUGCUUUUCUAAUUGAAUGAUGCUGAGUUACGGGUCGAGAAAAUUUUUUGGUACUCAAUUAUAUCAAAGUGAAUAAUCAUUCCUAUGGUCGUUAGAUAAACUUUUCAGAUAAUAGCUGAGAGUUAUAUUUUUAAAUGCCUUUAUCUUAUUGGUAAGUUUUUUACACAAUUUGUUAAGACAACUUUUGUCAUAUGGAGAUCUUGUUUGUUGCUACUUUCGGCGUAAUCGUCGUUUUUCUGCUACCAUUUCUUUAAUUUCUUUGAUACACUUAUGACCUGCUGUGACGUUUCUUUUCUUUUGUCAAAUUCAUAAUUUCGUUAUCUAACUCGGAAUUACAACUUAAUUUUACGUGACUAUCAACAUUGGAUAGCAUUUGCUUAAAGUAUUUCCAGCACAUAUAAUUUGAGGAGAUAUGUUUUGUAAUGAAGAAAUCAAUAAGAUCUAGUGUUUUAAGUGGAUCUGUUGACCAAUAAGUUGGUGUUCCAGUAGAAAUGAUACUGCACCCAGACAAUUGAAGAGCUUUCAAUAACUCUCUGGCCUUUGUGGUUAUAAGCCUCGAGCCCCCGUGAGUAUGCAUUAUAAUCACCACCCAUUAUAAAUCGGUUUUUAUGGCUAUUGAUCAGUUCUAGAUAGCUAUGGCAUUUUUUGAUGUCGUGGGGGACUGUAAACUGCUGUGAGGGACAAGUUGUUGUCACUAUCUAUCGUGACCAUUAUUGCUUGAAAUUCAUCUGUAGAUAUGCUGUUUUCUUCGUGGUGUUUUAUGUUGCUUCUUAUUAUAAUAGCAGCUCCUCCGCGUGCACAAUUGUUCGGAUGUAUUGCAUGAUACAUUUCGAAGUUUAUGAAUUUAAUGUAAGUUUGUUUGCUAACAUGGGUGUCAGAUAUUAAGCAUACGUAAAUUUUUUCAGUAGUGAGUAUUGUUUCUAGCUCAUUUUGGUUUUUAGUAAGGCCGUUUGCGUUUCAUAGCAUAAUUUUUAAGAGUUUUGUCAUAUUUAUUAAUUUUUUUGUACUGCUUUGCUAGCAACAUUUGAACAAGUGUUCUCUUUUACAACUUGCAAAUAAGUUAGCUCAUUUGCUGUUGAAACUUGAUUUUCAGCCUUUGGUUGGCGUAUUGCGUUUUUUGGGAGGCUUUUGGUAUCUUUUACAAACGUUUUCCUUUGUACCAGUUCUUUGGUCACGAAUCUUUUGCAGUUCUUUCGCAACGUAGGCAGAGUUUUGGUAGGCAGAGUUUUGGUUAACUUUCUAUAAUCAUCAGAGUCUGAUGCAUUGAUUUUGUAUGUAUUAUUAUUUAGAAGCUUAAUAGUAAAUGUUUUUUUUGCCUCAUAAUUCGUAAUUUUAUAUAUUUAUUGGUAUUCACAGUCACCCGAUAUCAUUACUGGAGGAGCUCGUGAGAUUUUCGUUUCUGUUUGAUUUCUUUCGACUUCUCUUAUGGUAUUUGAUGUCGCUGGAACCACAAGCUGAGGAGAUAGUUCAGCUUUCCUUUUUUUACCGGGCCUUUUUUUCAAAAUUCAAGCUCUUCCUCAUCUGUUGCAUACAAUACAGCAUUUAUUUCGAUAUUUGUAGGAGUUAAAUUCUUUGUUUUUAGGUUUUGAUUUUCGGCUUUGAGAAACGCCGUCUCUUUCUUUAAUUCGGCGCAUAAUUGCUAUAUUGUUUCCAACAGCUUGGAUUGUUGUUUUAUGAUUGUUUCAUAAUGAUUUAGUUUAUUUGCCGUAGUUUCUGGGUUUUCAUAUGUAUUGCCACCACCAGGUGGAGGCGUUCGGACAUUUUUCAUAAUGAGAAAUUUUAGCGGCUCUAUUUUCUCAUAAUUGUUAGAACAUACGGGUGUAAAAAGUGAUUUUUAAAAUAUAGAUUUCUUACUUAUAAAACCGGCGAAAAAUGUAAAUUGUGAAUUUGUUUAAAUGUUUACAGUUUAAUUAUAUGAGUACAUAAUUGAAUUGACAAAUGUGCAUAAAGUGUGUUGAAUGUUGCGAAAUAGCUUGCUGAAAUGGACCUAUCACCUAUUUUUUUUUUAAUCAAGCGUCAAAGAAAUUGGAAUCGUGCCUAAUUUAGUGCUUAGCUGUGGCACUUUAUAGGUUAUCAGUUAAUGACGAGGCAGUUAUCUGAUUAGCUUAGUUUUAGGUGCUACAUACAACCGUUAGGUAAACAAAACUAUAAUAUUAUGUUGUCAAAAAAAUCUUGCGGUAUUUUUAUUGAUUUUUUUUUUUUAUUGAAAUUGAAAUGAAUUUUUGAUGACUCAUGCCCAGCUCUUGACCGAUGCUACGGCUGCUACUAUGCCGGUCUCUUUCGACCAAUUCAGCGAUUUUAUCGCAAUUUUCGACGACAGGCCUUCCGGAGCGGGGCGCAUAUUUGACCACCUCUACACCAGAACGAAAACGUUGAAACCAUCGUUGUGCGGUGGAAAUGGAAACUGUACCGGGCCCAUAAACUGCACAAAUUUUAUUGGCGGCUUGAGAUGCAUUUUUGUAUAUUUUCUCUUUAUUUUACUCCAUGUUUGCGACGCUAUAACUCACGAACGACUUAAAAGAAACGACAAUCAAUCAAACACGUGUUAGCGCGUGAAAUGAGCUUUCUAAAAAGGUAUAGCAUGACCCGAUGCGACGAAUAAAACUAGAACUAAGCGCUUUCAGCGCCAACUAGCGAAAAUACCGCAAGACUUUUUUGACAACCAAUACUCUGUAGCAACAGGUUGCAAGAGUAUAAUAAUAAGCCUGCGGCAGCUAUAUAUAUAUAUAUAUACUCUUAAUCUGCAGAACCUCCUCUAUCCGUACAUAGCAAUUUUAAUUCCGAAAUCGUGGGAGACUAUCUAAAUCCCAGUCGAACUGAAGACGCAUUGGUCCGAACAGCGUUAAGCGCACAAAAUUAGUAAUGUUUUAAUUAUUUUCUGCCAUUGGGUUAUUACUUGUUUUCUUUAUUUUUUUGAGUUCUUUUAUACAAUAUGUAUAUAAAGUAAGAAUGAUUAUAUGUUUGUUAGAAUGCUGCUCCUGUAUAAACAAAAAGAAUUGAACAAAUUUUCAAUAUUGUAUAAAAGUAGUUUUUGCACUAUUUAACAUAAAAUAAAUGGAUAGAAACGAAUUAGAGAAGUGAAUCUAAUAGAGGAGAUUCUCCAGGUUAAAAAUUUAUAAAGCCGUCAUAACUAAACAAUUAUGGCCAACAUGUGACAAGAAAAAAACCAACGAAGGUAUCUUUGGCACUACGGUCGGUAAAUUCAGCCUCCACAAUGAAACAUCCCCAAAUGGUUGAUCGACUUCGCUGGGGCCCGAAAUAUGAUUAUCCCUAGUACUACAUUCCAGCAUAAGAAAAUACAUCAAACAGGGAAGGUUCGACGUCGAGAAGCUGCAAUCACAACAGACAGCCGAACGAUUUUCUACUAGACUGCACUACUGCUCUCUGAGAGCACUCGGGAACAACUCGGUAUAAGCGAACAGCUGCAACUGAAACCUUUGGUUUUUGGAAAAUGCGAAAGAACGGCUGGUACGACGAGGAGUAACAUAAAAUCAUGAUCAAAUUCAUUAUUAUUUUUUACGUGACAUAAUCAUUGAUUCACAGAACUCAUGAAACCUUUAUCAAGUUUGAGCCUGAAACUGAUGAAAACGCCUUUUUUCGAUUAAUGUUGUUGAGUAUAAUUACCAAAUUGUACGAUGUCUCCUAGGUCGGUUUUAGCAUUCCCAAUUUUCGUCCUGGAGCAAACUCAUAGAAGUGCAUGGAGAAAUUCGAAAAUAUUGAUUCCUUCAAUAUUGUAGGUAUUUCAACAGAAAAAUAAAUAUUUGAGGCAAUAAUUUUGAAUCAAUUGAAAUUUCCUACUGUACUUCUAUGCAAAAUCCAAUUCUAAAAAGAAGCACAAAAAAUUGCCAAAGUUAUUGCCUCGCCAAUUGAAAAAAGUACUUUUGAGAAAAACCCAUUUAAAUUUUCAUAUAACUAUAGCGGUGGUGGAUUUAUGCUUAAAGUUAUUUGAAAAAAUUUUCCUCGCGACAAAACAACUUUAAACUAACAAUUUUUAUGACCUUAUGUAAAUCAUGGUUUAAGAGAAAAAAACAAAAAAAAGUUUUUAAAAGACUUAAAGACUAGAAGCCUAAGUUCUAAACUGAAUUUUCAUGAUGUUGUCUGUGCUAAGAAUUAAGGUGGUAUUCUACUCUAGCAUUUUUAAAAAUUCGAUUUGUUUUUGUCAUAUUUUUUAAGUUUAGACCCUUAAGAAGGAUUUUUAAAAAUUAAAAUUAUUUUAAGAGCUACAGUUACUUUAGUGACGCAGUACCUAGCCCGGUAGGUAGAUAGACUCACUUUUUUAAACGCGUUUUUCUCGAAACUACUUUUUUCCACACAGUACCGGCAUUAUCUCAAGUUCUAUACAACCGAUUUACUUAAAAUUUUGUGUGAACCUUCUUUAUAUAAUCCUUUAUCUUUAUAUAAUCCUUAAUCCUUUGUUUUUAAUAUUUAAAAAAAAUUCAGGAAUUUCAAAAAAAGGCAGUCGGCAUUUUUCGUGUUCCCUGAGGUAGGGACUAUAACAGCAUCCUUACUGAUUAAGAAUUUCUUUUGAUUUUUUUUCAGACCACCAGGAGAGUCAGGAUCAAUGCCACCAGCAUGCGCCAUUUUUUUUUUUACACCUGUCACAUACACCCCGAAUUAUUUUAACUCUGCAAGUCGAUGGCUAGGUGAAUUCAGAUGCAUUGCUAUGUUUGCAUUAUAUAUUUGUUAACAUUUUUGUCUUAUUGCCUAAAUCAAUUGUGAUAAUGUGCAUAAUGUGGCUCUAAAUCAGAGUCGCACAGGGAGUUUUCGAGUAGAUUAGCAUAAAAAUAUAUCGGUUACGACAUUAGCAAGUGACAUUUUUGUAUGCGAAAUCUAGCAGAUAAGUGAUAUAAUCUACUCAACAGCCUGAAUCUGUCAUUCAAUCAAUUAAAUGUUUCCGUUGAAUUUAGCGCUGUGAAAAAUAAUCCCUGACAACUUACAUUAAAGUAGGCAUUUUUACAGUAAAUCAAGCAAGACUGGCAUUCUCGUCUUCAUUGAUUUACUGUAAACAUGUCUACUUUAAUGUAAUUUGCCAGGGAUUAAUUUUCAUACGGUUGAUACUAUACAACAAUAAUAUAUCUUGCUUUUAAAAUGAAUGAUAUUUGGUCAAAAAACAUAAUUUUUAAAACAUGUGUUAGGACACUUUCAUUUAUUAUAAAUUAAUUAUCUUUAUUA